AUGCUCGGCCCGAAGACGUAUCGUCUUACUAAGGUGCCUGAUAUCACACACCAGAUUGCAUCGCCACGGAACCAAAUGGCACCCGCGGCAGAUGGUACAACACCACUGCAAUACGCCAAGCCUCAAGCUACAGCCACGUACGCACAACCACCCAAAAAGCAACACAUACAGCAACAAUCACAACGACAACAACAGCAACAACAAGAGCAACAGCAAGAGCAACAGCAAGAGCAACAGCAGCAGCAACAGCAGCAGCAACAGCAGCAACAACAACAACAACAGCAGCAGCAGCAGCAACAGCAGCAACAGCAACCAGUAACAGUGCAACCACAAGCACCGACACAGGCACAGGCACAAGCACUGGCACAGCCACAGGUAUAUGUACAACCACAAGCUACCGCUACCACACCACAGGCAGUGAGUGAUGGCCAGGCUCAGGGGUUCGUACAACAGCCGCCCAGGUUACCACAGGCACCCGUAGCACACCCCCAGGGCCAACACACAACACCCGAAGCAGAGGAGCAACGCCAGCGCUUGGCUGCACGGUCUAUGGCCACACUGCCACACCCCUUUACACCACAGGCCCAGGUUGGAGUGCCGGUAGUAGGACAAGCACACACACAGGUACAGGCAAUGAUGCCCAGUACAGCACAGAGUGAGAAGAAUAGUGCAACCGUGCUGCUGCAGGGCAUGGGACAGCCACAGGCAGGUGUAGGUCAAACGAAUCCCCAGACACAGACACAGGCACAGACGGGUGUUACUCAGGCUCACACGCAGGUACCAUAUAGUGGAUUGCCAGCGCCUGGGGCACAGUACUAUGUGACGACUACACAGCCACAGCCGAUUCAGUCCCAGGCCCAGGCCCAGACCCAGACCCAGGCCCAGGCCCAAGCCCAGGCUCAGGCGCAUGUACUGGCGCAUGUACAGGCACAGCAACAGGGACAACCCCUACAGCAGCCACAGAGUGCGACUGAACCGACGGCGAGAAGCACGUCUCAGAAUGCACUCGCACACCCGCAACCGCCGCAGAAACCCUUGCAACAUGCAGCCAAGCAGGCACAGCAACAGGCUUUAGCACGUCCGCAGGUGCAGACACUCGCACACCCGGCACCUCCCAUGCCCACCCAGGCUCAGUUGCAGGGCACUAUGACCCUACUACCGCAGACGCCUACUAUAAGGCAGACGGGGUCUAUCCUGGUACACCCUGGGCCGCUACAGCCACCACAAGCACAAGCACAAGCACAGGCACAGGGACAAGGUCAAGUAUCCGGGGCGAUCAAGGGGACAGGAGCGAUCCCGCCCAUGGGGCAGUACCCCGAACAACACGCGCAGUCUAUACACGUCCAGACACCGCAGCAGCAGAUGCAGCAACAUAUGUCGGCGUCACAGUUCAGAGUUCCUACUAAUAAGAGGUCGAUACCAGCGCACCACCAUCCGUACGGACAGGUGGCACCCAGGCCAAUGGGACAACAGCAGGACUAUGUGUUCAAGCCUACCUAUGGCCCAGAUUCGUUCAGAUACGGCUCAGAGGUGGAGAAAACUAACUUGCCUACGCGACAGACUACAACCAUGCCUAAAGUUCGGGGUGGCAGUAGGGCGCAGAACGGGGGCAUAGGCAAAGGCCUGCGGCACUUCUCAAAGACAGUCCUACAAAAAGUGAAGGACAAGGGGACUACCACGUACAUCGAGGUGGCGGAAGAGCUAAUGGAAGACUUGGCCAGACAAUACGCCGAGGAGAAGGCCAAUGGCAACAGCGAGAUUCAGACACGGGAGAUUGGCAUUGAUCACAAGAACAUCAGGCGGAGGGUGUAUGAUGCGCUUAAUGUGCUGAUGGCUCUAGAUGUCAUCAAAAAAGAGAAGAAGGAGAUUAAAUGGGUUGGCCUGCCCACGAAUUCGGCUCAGGAAUACGUACAUUUAAAGGAAGAGCGGGCUCAGCGUAUCAAGCGCAUCACCGAGAAGCGCGCACACAUCCAUGAUCUGCUAUUACAGACUAUCACCAUCAAGAACCUCACAGAGAGGAAUCGAGAGUUGGAGAAGAAGCACCCACGCCCCGCCCCGAAACACUGCCUGAAGCUGCCGUUCUUGUUGGUCAACGCUCCCAAUGAAUGCCAUAUCGACGCGGAAAUGGGCGAGGAUGGAUCGGCUUUUUGCUUCAACUUCAGCCAACCUUUCAAAUUGAGCGACGGGUUUGAGGUCAUGAAAGGCCUGAACUUCGGUUUUGACCUGGAGAAGAACAAAUGCAAGCCUGAGCAUAUAGAGAAGAUCAAGAGUCUUGUACCACCCAGUGUGGCGUCGCACAUUGACGAUAUGGUCACGUAUGGCUUCAAGAAAGGACCACAGAUGGACACGCUCGUAGCACCGCCAGCACAGAUUAUGGCAGGUACACCCCAGGCAAUGACAUCCACACCCCAAGCAGUUGUGCAAACACACACACAGGCUCAGAGCCAUACAACACCCGCCGGUACGAAGCCCUUGACCGCACCGAAACAGGGCGGGGCUGGCUCUAAAAGUAGAUUGUAUGCGACUGACCAGAAGUGAGACGUUGGGGAUAGGUAGUAGGUAGGCUAUGGACUCAGAGUGAGAAGAUAGGACGGUCACUUAGUUCAAUAAUUGAUUAGAAAAAUGAGAGGUAUUGUUGUGUGUGGGGAUAUGCCGUUUCUGUUUGCGUGCGUCGGGAGCCGUAGUUGGUACACCAUAUAGUCAAACCGAUGUAGAAAUACAGAUAAAUCUUUGAACGGUGUCAAAGUGGAUGACGAACAAAAGUAAUCGCAAGAUAUUGCCGAUGUAUAUGUUCUCGAGAUACAAUAAGACUUAUCUCGAAUGAAAUGUAGAUACAAGUAUUUAUAUAUUUGAAACAUAUCCAAACACAUAUAUAUGCACGAUGCAUAUAUACAUAUACGUUUUGAGCAUGAGUUGGUAUUUGAAAACUGGUUCAAUCUGCACGACUUGGCAAGGCACAACAUGAACCGCAGAUCAAGGACUUCUCAAGUCAAAAUAGCAGUGCAACGUUCAUGGUAAGUGCACAGACUGUCGCGAAUAGUCCCGAGCUCUAUAGCAUGAUGUCUGUA